AUGUGCUUUUCAACUGCAAAGUGGAAAAGAGAACAAGUCAAAGACCACAAAUUUGACUUUAUUGACGUAGACUCAUUUGAAGAAAAAACUUUUCUAUCACGGAUAGGAUAUUUUAUCGUCAUCCUUACAAUGUUAAAAUCUGUUCUUGUCUAUAUUGCCGAUGUUUGGACUGCUGGAAUUUUACUCAUUUUUGACCGUUGGAGUUCAGCUAUUCAACCUGCAAUUCCUUUCUCUGUCUCGAAAUGGAUCUUUGUCGCCUGUAUAUUUGCGUCUUUCGCCCUUUUAUCAUGGGACAUUAAGAAAGCUCUUUUUAUACGAAAGACGAGAGAUAUUUCAUUCGCAUUCACAAAUGGAAUUGCAUACAAAACUUAUAUUUUAACUAGUUGGAAACGUCUUAUUUUUGCUGAAGCCCCUCGUCAAGCUGUUAGUGCAUUUACUCUUUACUCCUUCGUUCCAUUGGUUAGAUCGAAAAAAUAUUAUGAUCUUAGUUCUUAUGGUGUUGAUACUGUCCAACGUCUUGUCGUGGCUUUGAUGGCAUUUUCUCUCUUUAUUUUUAUCUUUUCUGCGCUUAGAAUUAUUAUUGCUGCUCUUCUUUAUAUACCAUUGGUAUGUAUAAUCAGAGGUAAUCUGAAAGAAUUUUGUUGUCACAAAAUUGAUAAAAGAAUUGAUGAACUUCUUGCAAAAGAACGCAAAAAAAGGAUUAAUAAAUUGAAAAAUAAUAAAAAAAAGAAACAAGAUACCUCCAUUCGACCCACUCUUCCAGAAAUUUGUGAUAGUAAUCCUUCACUUCCACCUUACGCCAAAUCUUCGGUAUUGCCAUAUUCUAAUAAUUUUAUACCUCCGACUGACAUGACGCGGUCAAAUUCCCCAGAUCCAAUGAUGGUUGGACCACCACCUUAUGUAUCAAGGACUACUACUCCAAAUUAUGGACAAAGAGCUGCUACUCCAAACUAUAGAUCAGGACCUUCAACUCCUAUUUAUGGUCAACCUAAUCAGAGUCCUCCAUACCGUUCUAACUUGGCUGACUAUUCAAAUCAACCUUAUCCUAAUGAUAAACCAUCUCAUCUCAAUUCAGAGAUUUCUUACAAUAACCCUGGCUAUAACCCUGGGUAUAAUCCUGGAUAUAAUCCUAGAUAUAAUCCUGGACCGGUUUCAGAACCUAUUCCUGUUAUCAGACAAAAUCAACACGAUCCAACAAUUGCACCACAACCGAUAUUAUCAGAUAUGGGUCAUCCACGACAGCCUUAUCCUAAUCCUUCUCAGCUCAAUUUUUCUCCAAUGAACCACUCUAAUAUAAUUGCACCAGAUCACUUUGGCAAUAAUUUAGAGCCUGUUUCGGAACCUAUUCCCUUCGUUGGACAAAUUCAACAAAACUCAAUAAUACCACCACAAGCUACUUCACAACCAGUAUUGUCAGAUAUGGGCCAUCCACGACAACCUUAUCCUAAUAAUGGAUCUCCUCAGCAAAGUCCCUUUCCAACAAAUAGAUCGAAUGUAACUGCAUUGGAGCGUCCUUAUAAUAAUUUGGCUGCUGUUUCUGAACCUAUCCCUUUCAUCAGACAAAAUCAACAAGAUCCUGUAAUGCCAUCAUUACUAAUUAAUCAAUCUAAUAUAGCAACACCAGAGCGUUCUUACAAUAAUUUUACUGCUUUUUCUGAACCUAUUCCCCUUGCUAGACAAAAUCAAUACGAUCUAAUAAUGCCACCACAUGCUACUUCACAGCCAGUAGUGUCAAAUAUGGGCCAUCCACAACAGCCUUAUCAUAAUAAACCUCCACAACCCUUUUCAGUGGAUCGAUUUGAUAUUCCUGUUGUCAGACAAAAUCAAUACGUACAUACAAUAGAAGAACCUUUAAUAAAUAAUAAUGGAUAUGCUCCAAAUAUUUUUAAUGGAGUGCCUAAUGACUAUUAUAACAACAGUGCACUUAUACCCGAAAGUAAUAGUGCAUUUAUGCCUGAAAGCAAUAGUGAUGAUGAUGGUAGAUAUUCUUAUUCACCAUACAUAGGAUAUUAUCAAAAUGCACAGUCCACUUCACAAUCAAUAGAUAAGAGUGAUGAUAUCAUUUCAUUAAAUAAUCGAGAUGAUAAAUAUUCACCCUCAUCUUCUAUAGGUUCAAAUACAGGAAAAACAAUUCCUUCAAGAUAUGAAGAAGCUGAGAAAGGAUCUUCAAGAGUUAACAACUAUAUACAGCAAAAUGGCAGCCUAAAUACUAAUGAACAGAACAACUCAUAG